AUGCACAACCCAAAAGGUGUGAAGCAUUCGUCGAAAUCCAACCCCUUUUUCAACGCCAUUGAGCCCGAGGCGACGGACGACAAUGCUCGAGAAAACCAUCCGCUGCUUCGAGCUGGCUUCACAACUUUUGCAUACAUUCGCAAGUUGGCGUCCCGUCUCCGGGGGUUCAAUCUUGGCGCCAUCUGCCAUCGGACACGCAGCCACUCGAAGCCUCUUCCAGUUCGAGUCCCGCGCGUCGGACAGACGGUCACAAGUCCACCUAUGCACCGCGCCAGCGGACAAAAUGGGGCCGGCGAAAGCGUCAACUCUCGUCGGCCGUGGCAACCAGACAUGCGUGACCCGUUAGCGCUCGCAUGGCCGCAUGGCAACGGACAGUUUGAGCGCGAAAGAGAAGAUUAUUUGAGCAAAAAAGACAAUUCACACGAGCUCACCCGAAGCACCUGGUCAGGGCGGCCUUGCCGAGAAGACGUCGACGGCAACGACGACGACGACGACGACAACGACGGCGACGGCGACGGCGACGGCGACGGUGACGGAGGUAGGCAAUCCACAAGUGGAACAGACGAGAUUGGGCCAAGUUUGGCGUCACACCAACGCAAAGGUGGGCACACGCAACAGGACAAGAGUAGAGAAAACAGACAAUGCCAGACGUAA